AACCACCGCAAGAACGCACCUUUGAAAUCAAUUCUUUAUUUCUAGCUUCAAUUUGAGCUUCUGCACUUCCUGCGGAGGAUCCAAGUGAGGGAAAUCGUCUCGUUUCGGCUGACUCCUCAGGUAUUUAAACCUCAUCCAUUUCUGGGUUUGUCUUUUUCGCUUGGUAGUAUUAAAAUAUCAUUAUCCAAAAUUCCCCUAUGUUGAUAUUUUAUUCUUCCUCAAGACCGUGUCUGCUUCAAUUUAUCGACUUAACGUGUUCUUAAACCUUAGUUCAUUAUAUGUAAAUUAUCGAUUUGUAAAUCAAGCAUAUUAUUUUUCAUAUUGAUUAAAUAUAUAUAAUUAAUUUAUUAAUUAUAAAAAAUUUACAACAUAAAAAAUACAUUAAAAAUAUAAAAUUUUUAAUUAAAUAAUUAUAUAAAUAUUAAAUUAAUUUAUAUGAUCUAUAUCAGAACAUUAAAUCUAUCAACUAGUUUAUGAAAAUAUUCAUUGAACUCAAAUUUUAGAAGGGCGGGCUAAUAUACACUUCUCCCUGAUUAUAUAUUCCUGUUUUCCAAUCAUUGUUCUUCCAAAUUCUGUGUGUUAGAAACGAUGGAAGUUGGAAGUGGCAAGACGAAAGGAAGUGACUGCGAGUAUGUUUUUGAUAUGAGGUCAUACGAGGCUGCUUGUAGAGAUGAGCCAGACUUGGAAAAAUUUGACCGCGUGAUUCAUGAUCGGAUCCGCGGGGCCCUCAACACACUGGCCACAGGUGUUGAUGUUCAGUCAAUCAGAGAGGUUCUUAUAGCUCAGUUUGAAAUGAACCGGGAUGUUGUCAAACUCGUUGUAGACGUUGUAGAGUCCAAGGAGGAUAUAUGUAACAAUAAAAAACUGUCAUCUUUGGUGAAGGAAUACUUAGAGAAUAGCACAGAGACAUUAGAGUUUUAUGGUGUCCUUGAGAAUUGCUUGGAACGUGCUCGAAAGAACCAGCUGAUUAUUCAGCGUGCAGUUCAAAAGUUUGAGGAAGAAGUACAGGAUGGGGAAGAAGGAAGGAAAUUCGAGGAGAUAUUGGACGAACUAAACAAAUUUAAAGCAGCUGAGAAGCCAUUUGGUGUGGAAUUCCUUGAACUGUUUCGGUCUGUGAUUGAACAGCAGGAUUUAUUUUUAAGGAAAAUGAAAAUGAAAAAGACGAAGCUGGAUAAGAAAUUGAAAUGGGUAAAAAGGUGGAGAAAGCUGUCUAAUGUCUUGUUUGUUAGUGUGUUUGUAUCUGUAGUAGUUUUCUCGGUGGUUGCGGCUGCCAUUGCAGCACCACCUGUGAUAACAGCUGUAGCAGGUGCCUUGGUAGUGCCUGCUGGUUCAAUGGGAAAAUGGUGUAACUGGCUUUUGAAUCGUUAUGAGAAAAAAUUGGAUUGGGAGAAGGGGUUGUAUAGAUCAAUGCAAACUUACAUUACAAUUGAGGACAUGAAGACUAUAGAUGUGCUUGUUGAAAAAAUGAAAACUGAGAUCGAGUUACUUUUGUAUCCUGUUGAUUUCGUAGUUAGAGAACAAGAGGCAGUGAAGCGAGUUAUUGAUGAGAUAAAAAUUAAAUUGGAAGUGUACAUGAAAACCACUGGGGACUUGGGUAAACGAGCUGAUGAGUGUAGAAGUGAAAUAAGAAGGGCAAGUACAGUGAUUUUGCGGAAGAUAAGUGAACCUUCUUCCCAAUCGCAACUGUAGAAGCUUGUUAUUAAAUUUGUAAUGCUGGAUAUGUUAUGUCAAUUAUAUGCUGCAAAUGAAACAAUUGAAUUGCUGAGUCGGUCUUUCCUUGUUCUAUUAUUAUUAAUCUAAUCGGGCUCAGCAAUUAGCCCCUUUCUUUAUUAGUU